AUGUAUAUAUUUAUGAGAAAAUAUUUAGAACUUCAAACUAAAGUUGCUGAUAAUGAGUUGUAUACUGCCAAACUAAUGAAGGAGAAGGAGCAAUGGAGUCAAACCAAAGAGACUAGUACCAAAGAAGUGCAAUUUGAUUACAUGAUCCCUUCAAUGGAUAAUUUGGAAUGUCUGAGUGAUGUCCAGGUAGCAGAGAAGAAGCUGUUCUUAAUUCAAGGAGACAAACCUCAACUGAUGAAUUGGGAGAAAUAUGGUGUAAGGAUUGGAAUACAAGAAGGAAGCCUAUUGUCCUCUGAGACAGUAGAAGCAGCAGUGGUUGCUCUUGUAGGAGGACAGUUCGAGUUUCCUGCUAAUACUGUCCUAGUGAGUGCUGUGUAUGCAGUAUCACUCUCAAAGCCUCUCCUCAAACGACUCAAGUUAGAGAUACAGCACUGCGUUGAUUUAACAGGACGACCAGAUCUUGCACAAUACUUAAAGUUUGCUAUAGCUCCAGUCAACACACCCAGUCUUCCUUACCAGUUCAAGUUUGCAGAAGGAGGAGAGUUUAGCUCUAAUGGUGGGUAUGGAUUUAUUGAGCGUAAAGAUUUCUGUUUGGUGUGCAUACUGGGAUUGCUAAUAGUAUCUAUGACUGGAGAAGGAGGAGGAGGAGGAGGAGGUCAGCAGCAACAAGGAACAGGAUCUCAAGGAGCAGGUGUAAUACCAGCUCAGGGAGGAAAUGCACCAGUCCCUCAACAACAACCAGUAGUUAACCCACAAACCCAAGGAGAGCAGUCACAAGAAGGACAACAGGAACAAGAAGGUCACUUGCAAAAUGGAGGCCAAUCACUGUCACAAGAUGGACAGCAAAAGGAAAGAGACCUUCAAAGAAAAGGAGGACACCAACAAGGAGAAGAAGGAGUGAGGGAGUCACAAGAGCAACCAGAACCAUUGGAACUCCAACAGCAAAAGGGAGGACAAGAGGAAGAUCCUAUACAUGUAGGAAUAGCCAAAGGAAAGGAAGAUAAGGAGCAAACUGAGAAUAGCAUACUGGUUAGUACAGAAUCAAUUACUAGUCCCUUGGCCACACCUGUUGCUGCAAUUGAGAGUAAGAAUGAAACUGAAGUAUUGGAUAAACCUGGGUCUGAUUCUAAAGAUGAAGUACAGUCCACUGGUGUAAAAGAAGCUACAAAUUAUGCUGGACUGGUUUAUUAUGAGAAAGAUCACGAUGAAGGGGAUUUAGUGACAUUCACUUCAGCUAAGAAAUUGAAUGCACUUCUUGAGUUUAUUAAGAAAGAAUGCCCACAAGCUAAACGAGGACCUUAUGUUUACUUUCGUAUUGCAUCUCCUAAUGGUUUUGUUGAAUUGGAUUUAAAUGCUCCACAAAUGAAGUCUUAUGAAGGAUGGACUAUUGAACCUCAUGUAACACCUUGCAGGUUAUAUCAAGAUGAUAUUAAUAAUUUUGGUGAUAAAGAUUAUCCUCUUCCUCCAUCUUGUCCAAUAUCAGUGUAUGGAUCACCUGAUGCUGUUCCUACACUAAAUUACUCUGUACCACUGGUAGGUGUGGUUCGUCCAGUUACAUUCCAUAUUCGUAGAUCACUGAGAACAACAAAUCCUACUACCUCGUCCUCCUCUUCUAAUACAAUUACUGAAGCUACUGCAUCAUCCACUGGAGGAACUAGUGUGCCAGUUACUGUUGAUCUUGAGAAAGUGAAGAGAAUCAUUAAUGAUGUUCUUGUAUCUCGUGAUGCUGCACUCCAUUCUCUUACGUCAUCUCUCUCAGAUCUUGCCAGUCAGUUAUUUUCAGUUGGUCUCAUUACUGAACAAGUUAAAAGAACUUGCUCAAUGGAAGCCUUUAUCACUGAGUUCAAGGCUAGUCUUAGUUUUAAGAGGAAGUUACCUCAAGUGCAGGAGCACUGUCAAAAGUUCUUAAGCUCAUUCAUUGCUGUAAGAGGCAGUUAUGCAAAUGCAGCAAUAGCUUUAGGUGAGGACUGGAUUGAAGCUAUUAGAAAUGAACUGGGAUUUGAUUUUAAUAUUAAUAUUGAUAAUUAAUUGCUGCUUUGUUUUACUUGCAAAAUA